AUUGCACAGGGUUUGAUAUUAGUUUUAAAAAAAAUGUUAUUUCUAAUAUUGUGAUUUUCUCAGUUUUGUGGUUCAUCUGGUUUUGUUUUAUAUGUGGUGUUAGUGUUAUUCGUGAAGUGUUAUAUCGUUAAGAUCGUUUUAUUUUUCAAACGAGAUACAGAUUAUGCCGUAUUGUGCUACAAAAAGAAUUGUAUCAUAGACCACCGUAAUUCCUUGAAUAAUAUCUGUUGUUGAAUAUGAAUUAUUAAUAUUAUGAUUAAUGGGCUGAAUUGGAUUGUGUGAAAAUAUUGUUUUAUAUAAAAUAUUACUUCAUUUAAUAUGAAUGACGUAUCAGCUAUCUUGUUAUAGUUUGAUCUAUAAAGUUGGACAUAUUUCAUAUAACGAUGACAUCAUCUACAAAGACAAGUGCAAUAGUCAAUGGUAAUGAUGUCUUCCGGUUACAGAACCUGAGUAUGCAUUUAGGUGCACCAGCAGACGACAGACGUCUAAAACCACCAGCAUUAGACCUUAAAUUCAGUAAGGAUUCCGAAGAUUUCAUAAAAUCAGGGAGUGACGAGGAUUAUCAGGGACAUUAUCCGGCAUCACCAAAAAAGGCCGCAAAAAGGGAUAUUGGAAUAAAACAAAUGACUCAUCCGGAAAUUAAUAUUAAACCUGCAAAAAGUCAUAAAGUCCACAAAAGACAUAAAUUGAGUGGACAUAAGAAACAGCGAAGGAAACAACGUCAUGGUUCUGAAGCCGACUCAGAAACAGAAAGUGAUGCCAAUACCAUAAGGCACAACUCGCGACCUCCAAGGAAACCUUAUCGAAAUUACAAAGACUACUAUGACUCAGAGACACAAGAGAUGGGGAACGAUCCACGUUCAUUCCAUCAUGCAAAGCGUCAAUCCCGAGCACAUAUCUUGAGUCGAGCGGAGUUGCUCUUAGAUCGUCGGAAAAGUUAUCCGUAUGCAAAAUCUGAUAUUGAUGUUGACUCCCCUCUUCCUGAACUGGACACUGGACGAUCUAUGAGUUUAGGCAACCCAAGCCCCCUCCCACGCGAUACUUUGAACGGACUGUCGCGUCUUGCCGUGGACGGUUACAAACCACAAGUCUUCAAACCCCAGCCGCCAUUGUAUGGAUUCCAAGACAAGGAUAUGAACUCUCGUUCGUCAUUUUAUCCACCCCAAAUUAAAGUCCAACAACCCUCGCAAUCGUCAUUUAAUGCGUCAUCAGUAAUCAAACCGUACGAACCUCAGGAAACAUUGUAUAAACCUAAUACAAAUCAAGAGAUAUCACAGGCCGCGGGAUCUAAAGUUUACCAAUAUGGCAAUACAUAUUAUUCUUACAAAGAAAAUAAAACGAACAAUAAGCCACCACCUUCUCAAAAUCUAGUUGGCAAUAUAACAAUGAACGCAUUGUGGAAUCUCCAAAAAGAAACGAAAAAUGAACGAACUAAUAUGAAUAAUCUAACCCCCGGACAAGGAAUAUUGUCGUUAGCUGGUCAUUGGGAUGAUUUGGAACAAAGUACUGUAAUUGAGACGGUCCGUUCUUCGUAUAGUGUACGAGAUAAUAACGAUAUUGGCAAUAAAAGAACAGGAUUAAAGUCAUUUCGAAGCAUGCAGAAACAAAGACGUUCUGAAAAUGGUUAUGAAUCGAAUGGUUCAUCUCAGAUUUUGAGCGACGACGAAGACGACGAAAGAGGCUUUGACGGCGGUGAAGUUAUUUACUCGACGUCUGAAGCACCAAUGAAUGACGAACGAAGAUAUGAGGAAUUGCGUCAGAAAGACAAACAAGCAGGAGAUGGUGCGAAAGACCAGCAAGAAAACGGUCUAGGCAAGAAAGGCAGGAGAGUUAUCUUCUUCAGAAAUGGCGACCCUAACUUUAAAGGAAAAGAAGUGCUUAUUAAUCAGAGGAAUUUCCAUAAUUAUGAAAAAUUAUUGGUUGAACUGAGCGAGACAAUACCCACGCCUACUGGUGUAAAAUAUAUAUUCAGUUAUCCACAAGGCAACGAGGUCAAAUCUUUACUGGAUCUAGAAAAUGGCCAGGCGUAUAUUGUAUCGUCUGUUAAUAAAUUGAAUAAAUCAGUCAGCUACGGUAGAUCCAGAGAGAAUUAUUGGCAGAACAGUCGACUUAAUCACGAUGAUCUGCAUCUUUUUAAAGGUCCGGAUAGUAAACCAGACUCCACGACAAAUAAUGCUCCUAAAGCCCCCAUGGUUGUUACUAUCAUAGGCAAUCUGAAACGCGAUAGUAAAUACAAGAUGUUACUCAAUCCCCAUUCAGAAAGAAACUUUGAAUACUUGCUUGAAGACAUAUCCCAAAUGGUUACCAUUGAGCAACCUCCAUUGCAGAGUUUAUGGACAUCGACAAAACCCAUGGAAAAGAUUGAAAGUUUUUCGGCGUUAAAAUCAUAUGUAAAGAGUAACCACACAGAAUUUUUGGCCGUGGGCCAGGAGGGGGUACCAAUGGAAAUGGAAACGGCAAAGAAAGGUCAAUUACCAAAUAGGCAUUCAAGUAACGAAUCUUUAAAUGGAAAAAAGAAACAAACAAACGGGGGAAGGACACCUACCCUGGAGAGAAGAACCAAUACAUCACAGAACAAUUUUACAGCUGCAUCAAACGGUGUAGAUGGUUCACGAAAAAAGGGAUCCUUUAAAGAGAAAAGAUGGACAGAUACGACGAGAAUCCCAGUUAAGGGCAAAGCAAGGGAGUUUCAUGCACCAUCUGUACCCGAUCCUGAUGACGAUGGUAAAGAACCUAACAUGAAUCUGACACUAGAUUGGGUAUAUGGUUUUCGGGGUCGUGACGUUAGAGAUAAUCUAAUAGUAUUAAAGACAGGUGAAAUAGUGUAUUAUGUUGGAGCUGUUGUCGUCAUCUACAACAGAAAAGACGACACACAACGUCAUUACCUCGGUCAUAACGAGGAGGUCACAUGCAUCGCAUUACAUCCUGACAAAUGUAUAAUUGCAACGGGACAACUAGGAGGCAAAUCAGCGGACUGUGCACCACACGUACGUAUCUGGAAUGGUAUAACAUUGAGUGAUAUUGACGCUAUUGGUUAUGACUUUUUUAAUGGAACUGUUAUUACUGUGGCUUUCUCAGCUCAGAGUAAAGGAGCAUUGUUGAUGGCUAUUGAUGACAGUGAUAAACAUGUUCUUAGUGUCUGGGAUUUAUACCCCGAUGAACAACCCCGAUAUGAACAGCUCCGAUAUGACCAGCUCCGAUAUGAAGAACCCCGAGCUAAGCGACUUGCUUGGACUACAACCACACCAAACACAGUAACAUCGGGUAGUUUCUAUCCUGAUAAUGAUCAAAUUAUUAUUACAUAUGGUAAAGAACAUGUAUUUUUCUGGAAACUAUUCUGGAAACAAGAUGAAAAUGAAGAUGUCUAUAGAAUUCUCAAAGAUAAGCUAAGUGGGAAAUUUGAGGAUGGAGCACCCAAACUUGUAACAUCUAUAUGUUUUACUCCAACUGGUGAUGUUUUAACAGGAGAUUCUGAUGGCUCUAUAGUUGUAUGGGAAAAACAGUCUGAUGAAAGCUUUAAAUUUAACCGAAAUCUAUCAGAUAAAAUGAAAAAUGCACACAGGAAAUCAGUGAAUUCUCUAUUUAUGAUGGAUUAUGGACCUCUACUGUCAGGUGGUGGUAAUGAAUUAAAAGCCUGGGAUCCAAUGGGCGAUUUCAGACAAGUCAAAGUUAGAAUGUUACCUGAAGUAGCUGGUAAUGUAAGAGCUAUUGUACCACGCAACAAUGGUGGUCAGGAUGGCAAUCUUUUAAUAGCUACAACGAAAUCAUGUAUUCUGGAGGGUUCCAUGCAGCAUAAGUUUAGAUUUGUAAUACAGGGUAAUAGUGAAGAAAUCUGGGCUAUUGCAAGUGUUCCGAAUGAAGCCUCGUUUAUUACCGCAGGUCAUGAUCAACUUGUAAUGAAAUGGUCAACUGUCUCACAUGCUAUUAUGUGGCGAGUACAAAGUGAUACACCAUGUGUAUCUGUGGCUGUUUGCCCAAAAGGUAUUCUAGUAGCUGUUGGUACCAGUAAUGGCCGCCUGCUUAUUCUAAAAGCUGAGGAUGGUUCACAAGUCACAACUACACAAGUUGGUAAAGCCCAAAUAAAUGCUGUGAACUUCAGUCCAGACAGCAAUAUGUUGGCUAUUGGUGGAUAUGAUGGUUUUAUACAUGUUUUUACAAUCAACAGUGCUGGUCAGUUCUUUAAAACACACUCAGCAGCUCUAAAGAAUAGCGUUGCAUUUGUGAGUCAGAUCGAUUGGUCAUGUGAUAACCGUUAUCUACAAACGGUUCUUGAAAACUAUGAACUAGUAUAUUGGGACAUUGAAAACAUGCAGAAAGUGAAAAAUGCACGGACAAUGAGAGAUGUUGAUUGGUUUACUCAAACAUGUAGUGUUGGUCACUCAUUAAUAGGUCCAUGGAGUAAUCUGGAAGGUAAUGAAGUUAUAAAUGUGGCUGCACGUUCAGACUCAAGAGAAUAUCUUGUAUGUGGUGACAACAGAGGGAGAAUACGUCUCUACAAAUAUCCCAGUUCAAGACCAUCGUCGUUGUUCAGAAAUCUGAAGGUCUAUUCUAAUAAUGUGACAGCUGUUACCUUUGCUACAUCUGACAGAUGUGUUGUAGCCAGUGGUGGAAAUGAUGCAGCCUUGUUCCAGUGGUCUUUAACAAAUCGUAGUUCAUAUUAAUGAUAAAAAACUUAAUUAAUUCACUGAAAUAUGUAGAUUAAUAUUUUAAUCCAUCAUUUCGUUAGUUUUGUAUAAUUUUAUCAACAUCUAUAUAGAUACUUUUGUGCCUUUUAAUUAACCAGUUUGUGUAUUAUGUGCCUAUUUUUUUUUCGAGCUAACUGUUAUACUUAAUAUUUUUGAAAACCUAUUCCGAUUUUAAAUUAAUUAUCUAUUUUAACAAACAAAUGUUUUUAACAAAAAAAAUGUUUUUCUUUAUUUUAAAAGAAUAGCACAAACUGUUUAAUAGAGUAUUUUCUACUGUAAAUGGAUAUUGUACAAAUCUAGUCAUUGCACAAAAUGUUGUUUAACUUAUUGUAUAUUUUAUGUAUGUAUUUUACAUCAUUAGAAGUAACCUGUGAUAUAUAACUUUCCUAUUGCUUUUAUCAGGUAGCAGUAAAACAAGCAAUGAACAAUAAGUAUACUGAUGGAUAUGCCUAGGUCUGAACUGUUAACAUUGAUGUCAUAUUUAGAGGGUGCAUAACUUUUUUUCUUUGGACCCUUAAAAAAUACGAAAAUGGGUCUAAAAGUGUAUAUUAAUGUAAUAUGAGAGUACAUGUAUAUUAAGUGAUUUACAUUCACUUUUUAAAUAUUGUAAUUUCUAAUCAGUUAUGAAAUAACUUAUGAAAUACUUAAACAGUGCAAAUUGAAUGACAGUCCUUUGUACCUGCUUAGUCCAUUAUAUUGUUGUUUGUGAAUCAGCCAUUUUCAAUUAAUUCCAAAUUGUCUUCUUGGAUAUGUUUUUCUUUGUUCAUUACAAAUGACACUAGAAAUCAUUAUGUCCAUAGAGUACUUAAAUUUCUGUACUGAUUUUAAAAUGUUCCCUGUGUCUUAAAUAUUGGAUCCCAUAUUUUUAUGGCAAGAUAACAACAUCGAUUUUGAUAGAAAUGAACCAAUAUUGAAUUCUAAUUUAAUUUUGAAUAUUAAGAUAAUAUUGAGUUAAAGAGAACAGGAGUGUCACCCAAAAACUGUGAUUAUAUUAUGGAAUCA